UUUUUUGCUGGCUGGUUUGGGUGCGUAGCCGUCGCUUCCCGCCGGCGCUGGCGUCGCUGAAUUACAGACGGGGCGACCAUCCAUCCAGCCAGCCGUCUCGUCUUGUCGCCGUCUUGUUUUGAGUUUAGUUUCGCAUCAAGUCGAGCCACCAUGCCUCCGAAGAAGCGGGACAAGGACAGCGAUAGCGCGGCCAAGAGCGUGCAGAUGGACCAGAUGAACCACGAGCUUUUCCUGCAGGCUUUCGAGAAGCCCACGCAGAUCUACCGGUUCCUGAAGACGCGCAGCCAGCUGUCGCCCAUCUUCCUGCCGCGGACGCUGUCGUACAUGCGGUCGCGCAUGUCCCGGACGCACAAGGCGCGCAAGGAGUUCAAGGUGAACGGCAUCCUGGCGCAGGUCGUGGCCAGGAAGAAGAAGGAGGCCGCCCCGAUGGCCGAUUUCAUGACCAUCACCUUCCUCGGGGUGUACGACAAGAAACUCGAGCCCGCCCGCUGCUUCCGCACGCCCGACCAGCAGGACGAGAACAACGCCGCCUCCGCCCCGGCCGCCCCCGAGCUAAUCAAACUCGAAACCAUCCUGCACAAGGUCUGCCACAAGAAGAGGAAGGAUGUCACCUCGCCCGGACUCCAGGUGGUGUUGGGCGAGAGUCAGGUGCCUUUAAACCCUAGCGAGGAGCACCCGCCCCCGCAGGCCCCAACUGUCUCCAUCCCCACAGAGUCGUUUACCAGAGCCAGUAGCAACAUGGUAAAGUCGUUCAACCUGAUGCUUAAGGCCCUCGACAUGCCCCAGCCAAACAAUGACACAGAAAACGCAGAGCCAGCUGCAAAGAGGCGGCGACGCGAAGAUGCAAACGUGUACACAGCCGAGUUGCUGUUGUUCGACAAGAACAACCACUGCAAUCUGGUGGCCGGCGACUACGAGCUGUCCCUGAAGAAGCUCGAGGCGCCUGUCCGGAUUCCAAAGGGCAGGGUCAACACCUGGGACAAGGCCAUGGAGGUUCCUGUCGAGCUAAACAAGGGCUCUGGUCAGUUGGAGCUCUUCCGUACGGGGCCAGUGAUCAAAUUCCGUUUAAAUUGGGCGAGUGAGCCAAGCAGUGGCAUGGUCGAGCGGCCCCGCAUGCUCGAGGCUUCGCCCUCAGAGAGCACCACCGACAAGGAGAACAGCACGCCCUCCGCAGAUGGACAAAACAACGUGGUAGCGAAGAAAAAGGAGGCGCAGAAGAUGCACAUCGUGUACCAGUUCCUGUACAAUAACAACAGCCGCCAGCAGACAGAGGCGUGCGACGAUCUCCACUGUCCGUGGUGCUCGCUGCACUGCGGCAACCUUUACGCGCUUCUCAAGCACCUUAAAUUGAAUCAUCCCCGUUUCUGCUUCACAUAUGUGCCGUUGCCGGAUGUGGCCCGGAUUGACAUUUGCAUCAAUGAGUGCUUUGACGGGUCGUACGCUGGCAACGCGAUCGACAUGAUCGCGCAGCCGCCAGGUCUGGCGUUCAGCCGCGAUGGGCCGGUGCGCCGCACGUGCAUCACAAACGUGCUGGUCUGCAGGCCCAAGCGUCCCACGCCCAGUAUGGCCGAAUUCCUUGAGCCUGAUGACCCAGACUUUGAAAAUCAACGUUCUUACACAACAGGACACAACAGACUUUACCAUCACACAACGACCUGCCUGCCUAUCUUCCCCAAGGAGAUGGACGAAGACUCUGAAGGCGAAAAUGACCCUCCUUGGCUGCAGAAAAAGACCAUGAUGAUGAUUGACGAAUUUACCGACGUCAAUGAAGGCGAAAAAGAGCUUAUGAAGAUGUGGAAUCUGCACGUCAUGAAGCAUGGUUAUGUUGGCGACUGUCAGAUCCCCCUGGCGGUGGAGAUGUUCAUCGAGGCGAAAGGCGAGGAGGUGCUGGCGAAGAACCUGUACCGCAACUUCGUGGUGCACAUGUCUUCACUGUUCGACUUCGGUCUGAUCAGCGCCGUCGGCGUCUACACGAGUCUGCAGAAGCUGCACGAGCUGGCCAACCGACAGGAGUGCAAGAUGGAGCUGGCGUCGUGCUGGAAGGCGCAGCGGGACCACUGGCACGCCUGCCAAAAGCCACCGGUGCUGUCGCCCAAUCCACCAACCACCACGGCCGCGCCAGAGAAGAACUGAAUUUUUUUUUAAGAAUUCUCCUUUUUGCUGCUGCCGCUGCUAUUUUUGUAUACAUACCAUUUACCGCGUAGUCUUUUCCACAGGGAAGUACAUAUAAUUAUUAUUACCUGAUCAUUCACCACACGUUGUGUAUGUAGCUUAACUCAAAUUAUUUGUGAUACGUAUUAUAAAUAAAUAAUUUCUCUGCGAAAAUGCACCAACUGCAUUGUAAAUAAAUAUCUUACACACACACCCCCUUCUCGGACUGGAGUUUGGAAAUUACUAUUAGCACCCCUAAUGGCAGAAUUAGCAGCUUAAAAUUCAAUACGUCGUAAGGAGAGAUCCUGUUAUCGAGCAAUCACUGACUCCGGUCCGAGACGGGUUUAGUGUGUGCGGGGUUUCUCGAUUUUGUUUGAGGGUUUUUGGCCAUUCAUUGUGAAAUUUCUCGUGCAUUUCUGUCGCUGUUCAAAUCAAAAAGCGUCAUAUUUUUAUACAAAAACCAUAAAUUCAACCACUGGGUCCCCCUUUUCAGACUGGAAGUCAAAUUUUUUGUACCAAAAUGGCCAGAAUGAAAUCACAUUGCAGCUCUGUGUUUUGGUGCCUUCUGAAUAUAUUAACCGUCUCACCAAAUGUAAAUAAAUCGAUCAGACCUCCAGUCUGAGAGCGGGGGUUGAGCGUGUGUUCUUUUGAAAUAUAUUAUCGAAAUGAAAAACUGAGGUUAGGAAAAGAAAAACCAUUUUAUUGUCAAUUCGAAUCAAACAGAUGGGUGUAAAUGUUAAAAUGAGAUCAGAGUAGAUUUUUGGGUCGCCUUAGUGGUGUCCGACGGGGUAGUGGGCGUGCCAUUCGAACGCCCCCUUUUCUCCCGUGUGCGCGCCGUAUUCGACUUCGUCGCCGUGGCCGCCGUUGGGUGAGCCGCCUCCACUGCCACCGCCGCCGCCCCCGCUGCCUCCCUCGUGGUGGUAUGCCGCCCUCGCGUAACGACCACUGCCCUCCUGUAUUAAAAAACAAAUAAUGUUGAAAUUAUUGAUUCCGAUGUGAGCUUCGGAAGUGGGUUUGUUGUGGAAUUUAGGCAAAAAUUUGUGCGAUUUGUAAAUUUUUGAAUAAACUCGACUUUAAGAUUACGAAGAAAUAA